CAACGCCUCACGGGCUUCCCGCCCGCAGUCUUUCUUUCGCCACCGCCGGCUCUAACGCCAGACGGAAACCCGAGAGUGGGCGGAGCGAGGCGGUCCUGGAGCUCGCGUGGAGGCGUGGCCGAGUCUUCCUUUCGCCAUGAUGAACAAAUGACCUCGCGGGGAAUGAAAUUUAAAUUCCACAAAGGGGAGCGAGUUCUCUGUUUCGAACCGGACCCGACCAAAGCGAAAGUGCUUUAUGAUGCCAAGAUUGUUGACAUUGUUAUUGGGAAGGAUGAGAAAGGAAGAAAGAUUCCAGAAUAUCUGAUCCAUUUUAAUGGUUGGAACAGAAGCUGGGACAGAUGGGCAGCCGAAGAUCACGUUCUUCGUGAUACUGAUGAAAACCGUAGAUUACAACGUAAAUUGGCAAGGAAAGCUGUGGCUCGCAUGAGAAGGAAAGGAAAGAAAGGGCGUUGCAGAUUGCCUGGUGUUGACUCAGUGCUGAAAAGCCUUCCUGCUGAAGAGAAUGAUGAGAGCAGUGGAAACUCUAUAAGCAGUUCUUCUGAUGACAGUGAUGAAGGCACUGAUGAAGAAAUAAAAAGUGAAGAAAGUGACGUUGAUGAGAAGACAGAAAUGAAAGAAGAACAAGAGACUCACGCUAAAAGAGAGAUGGAAGAAAAAGCAAUAAAUAUUGAAAUUCCUGAAAUCUUAAAAAAGAAGCUUGAAGAAGAUUGUUACUAUAUUAACAGGAGAAAACGGCUGGUGAAAUUGCCAUGUCAAACAAAUAUAAUUACCAUCCUGGAGUCAUAUGUGAAGCAUUUUGCCAUUAAUGCUGCUUUUUCAGCCAAUGAAAGAUCUCGACACCAUCAAAUGUCUUCGCAUGCCAAUCUGAAUCUCCACUAUGUCCCUCCAGAAAAGAACGUUGAGUUAUGUAAAGAAAUGGUGGACGGGUUAAGAAUCACCUUUGACUUCACUCUUCCACUGAUUUUACUCUAUCCUUAUGAGCAAGCCCAAUUUAAGAAGGUGACUUCUUCCAAAUUCUUUCUUCCCAUCAAAGAGAGUGUAGCAAAUACUAACAGAAAUCAAGAAGAGCUUUCCCCAAGUCCACCUCUUCUGAAUCCAUCAACUCCACAGUCCACAGACAGCCAACCUAUAGCAGGAGAAUCGACAACGCCUAAAAGGCGGAAAGCUGAACCUGAAAUCUUGCAGUCUCUCAGGCGUUCUACCCGUCAUACAUCCAAUUGCGACAGACUGUCGGAAAGUAGUGCUUCUCCACAACCAAAACGACGCAACAUUGAGACUCCUGCUUCAAUGCCAAAGUUGUUUUUGCAUCUUGAAAAGAAAACCCCUGUGCACAGUGGAUCGUCUUCACCCAUUACCUUGACUCCCAGCAAAGAGGGCAGUGCAGUAUUUGCUGGUUUUGAAGGCAGAAGGAACAAUGAACUGAAUGAGGUGUUGUCAUGGAAACUUAUGCCAGAGAACUAUCCCCUAGAUGAUCAACCACCACCACCCUCUUACAUUUAUGGGUCUCAGCAUUUGCUCCGAAUGUUUGUAAAGCUUCCAGAGAUUCUUGGGAAGAUGAGCUUUCCUGACAAGAACUUAAAAGCAUUAGUGAAGCAUUUUGAAUUGUUUCUAAGGUUUUUAGCAGAAUACCAUGAUGACUUCUUUCCAGAAUCUGCUUAUGUUGCUGCUUGUGAGGCCUAUUAUAGCACAAAGAAUCCACGUGCCAUCUACUGAAGCUAUGAAUAUUGCUAGAACCCAGUUGUACAUACUCCGUUAUUUACCGUACUGCUUCAGAAUGAGGAGAGAAAAUGGCAAAGUGUCGUCAUUCUGAUAUCUCAAAAGUUUCUUCAACGUUGUCAUUCUUUUGACAAGAGUGCAUCUUUUUCUUAUUUCAAAGUUACGCUGACAUUGCAUUCUAGUGCUAGAUAACCUUCACUGCUAGAUAAGUGAAGCUCUGCAUUGACUGCUAAUGCACAGAACUGGAUACAACUGAAGCAAGGAAAAGGAAUAAAAACAGGCUUCAUGAGAAUUAACUUUAUGCUGUAUUCCACUUUAACAUAAGCUUGCUUCGGUUUGAACUCUCAACAUCACCUUGGUGUUUAAGAUGAAUGCAGAAGGUGCAUUGUACCAGCUUUCUUUUUCACAAUUGGAAUUCAUGUUUCAUUAUAGGAAGCUAUGAUGAUCAAAAUUCUCUUUGCAGAAGAAUGUGCAACUAGCUUCUUAGCAUGAUCUCUAUUUUUGAGAUGCAUUUAUGGGGAGAGGGGAAUUUGGGAUUGCUGUAAAAGAAUGUAUUUACUGCUUUCCACAGUAGGAGGAUUGGCAGUGUCUGAAUAGCUUGUUCUUGGACUAAUUUAUCCAAACACAUGAUUUGAAUUGUUUUGGUGAUUUGUGUAAAUAGUUGUUAAGAACAGUGUGUACCUAGAGUUCUUAGGAAGAAAAAUGGUAAAGCAACAUUUAGGCAAAACUUCUUAAACAAUGACUUAUAAUUCAAGGUAAGAUAUGGGUUGUUCAGUUUGAAAAGGGCAUAUUUUGACUAGUUUUAGGAAUGUAUACAUUACUGUUUGUAUAGAGAUAUAGAAAUACAUCACUGGUUUUCUAGUUUGUUGUCUUGGUCAUAAUGUGGCUACUGCCAUUUGAAAAUCAACACUUAUCAUCCCUGUACUGGGCAGACUUAAAUAAAAUUUGCAUGCAGAAUUUUGCUGCCCAUGCCAACAAAUAGUUUGAUGACUUAAAAAAUUAGGUGAUCUGAAGACAGGCAGAUGAUCCCAAAGGUUAUCACUUGUGCAGUAUGAUUGUUUAGCAGUUGUGCUUUUAUAAACACUAUUAAUUGUACUGGAGUUUGUAUUGGUCAUCUUGGGAUGUAACUGGAGACUUGUUUGCAUAAAACGGAUUAAGCUAGAAGACUCUGUUGCCUAGGAAGGUUUCUGCAGUAGAAGCAACUGGUUCACAUUCCCAUAAUAGUUUGUGACAGUUUAAAGUUGCACCAUCUAAUUUAUGUACUGGAGUGGUCAAUUUAAGUGAAUUAGUAUCAAAAUGAAAAGGCACCUCCAUUAUCUUAAACUGAAAAUCAAGGUGUGUGCUUAAUGGUAAACCACUGGGAAAAAAACCACUCCAAACUCUGGACCUGUGUACAUACUUUGUAGGCCUUCAUACAGUUAUCUCAUACUGGUCUGUUAUAGGCCUUCUGAGGGCUUGUAAUCUGAAUUACAUGUCUGUAAAUCCCAGUAUGACCUUACUACCAGGUUAGAAUAAGAUCUGUGCAGCAUUUAGACUCGUACUAUUGAAAGGGCUAGAUUUGUGGAUUGGUUGGUUCCAAGAAGAUACCACCUUUCUAAACCCUAGGUCCUAAGAGCUUUAAAUUUGGUCUUGGAUUUGAAGUUUUAUAAUGGGAAGACUAUUGUCUGCCUUGGUGUAAAUAUUUUUGGUACAAAGUAUUUAAAUAUCAGUAAGAUACUUAAUGUAGAAUAAUUCCGAAAUUGAUUUAUAAGUUUUUAGUUUGUUGAAACACAAUGCAUGCAAAAUACUGUUUUCCUUCAUCCUGUCAGUGAACAGCCAUAAAAAAAGCUGGCUUGUAGCUGAAUUCAUGCUUUUAUGUGACAACUGUUAGACUACAAAAACUCUGUCUUUGAGAACACAUCUUUUAAAAGCUUAUCUGUACAACGUAUUUUAAGAAUGCAUGUGUCCAGCCUGGCCUUUUGGCUCUUACUGAUUCACGGUCAUUAUUUUCCUCAGCUAGGAACUUUUGCCUGUCCCAGAGUGUGGUUGGUCAUAAUCCAUGCAAGGAUGCAACCAAAAUGUUUGAAGGUCAUUUUCAUGCUUUUACUUAGAGUAGCAAUUGUAUGGAUUUCUAUUCAGUUAAGCAUUGGUUCACAAAAUUGGCAUGUUUUUAAACCCAGGGUGAUUCUGUAAUAGGGUACAUUACUGCACAGAAAGACUUGUUUUGACAGAUUGCUUAUGGGAAUGGACCAAGUCAUUUUUGCGGUGGCAGCUGUCUCUUUCCUGUUGUUGUGAUUGCAAAAUGUCUACAUCUGUCACACCGUAAGCACCCAGUUAACACUAAAGUUCCCUUUUGUAUCUCUUUGCUGAAAUCAGUGAUCAUGUAGAUUCUUAUUUUACACUUCAUGUUUCACAUUAAAUUCUUUUUCUAAAUCA